AUGUUUGCCACCGAUAUAGGAUUGUCCUUACUAGCUGAGUCGGAUACAUGGUUUAGAGAUGGACACUUUGGCCUUGCUUCUGAUUUUUUUAAACAAUUAUAUGUGAAACGUGUACAAAAAAAAAAUCAGUGUUUAUUACAGCUGUUUAUAAGCUCAAGUUACAUAUAUGAGGAAAUGUUUAAUAUUAUAAUAAAUGAAUGUAAAACCCGCGAUAUGUAUCUAGCUCCAAGAAUUUGGUAUUUAAUAAAAAAAAUGAAAAUGGAAGUUGCUGCAGACCAAGCAAAAUUGGCGUUGAGUAAUGUAGAAGACAGAGUACAAAACAACUAA